UGUCCAUGGAAAACAUUGGAGAACAAGUUGUGUGCCUGAUUGCUUAUCAUCUACUUUUUGCAAUGUUUGUCUGGUCAUAUUGGAAAACUAUCUUUACAUUACCAAUGAAUCCUUCAAAAGAAUUCCAUCUCUCUUAUGCAGAGAAAGAAUUAUUGGAGAGAGAGCCAAGGGGAGAAGCCCAUCAGGAAGUUCUUAGGCGAGCAGCCAAAGAUCUUCCCAUCUAUACCAGGACCAUGUCUGGAGCAAUCCGAUAUUGUGACAGAUGCCAACUUAUAAAACCAGAUCGCUGCCAUCACUGUUCCGUCUGCGAUAAAUGUAUUUUGAAGAUGGAUCAUCAUUGUCCAUGGGUGAACAAUUGUGUUGGAUUUUCAAAUUAUAAAUUUUUCCUUCUUUUCUUGGCUUAUUCUCUGCUGUACUGCCUUUUUAUUGCUGCUACAGAUUUACAGUAUUUUAUCAAAUUCUGGACAAAUGGUCUACCUGAUACUCAAGCCAAGUUCCAUAUUAUGUUUUUAUUCUUUGCUGCAGCUAUGUUUUCUGUCAGCUUGUCUUCUCUGUUUGGCUAUCAUUGUUGGCUAGUCAGCAAAAAUAAAUCUACAUUAGAGGCAUUUAGAAGUCCAGUAUUUCGACAUGGAACAGAUAAGAAUGGAUUCAGCUUGGGUUUCAGUAAAAAUAUGCGACAAGUUUUUGGUGAUGAGAAGAAGUAUUGGUUGCUACCCAUUUUUUCAAGUCUAGGUGAUGGCUGCUCCUUUCCAACUUGCCUUGUUAACCAGGAUCCUGAACAACCAUCUACUCCUGCAGGACUGAAUUCAACAUCUAAAAAUUCUGAAAACCAUCAAUUUCCUGCAAAGCCAUUGAGAGAGUCCCAGAGCCACCUUCUUACUGAUUCUCAGUCUUGGACAGAGGGCAGCACGAGCCUGGGAAAAGGCAACACUGGUUUGAGCAAUCCUGCAUUAACCAUGGAGAAUGAGACUUAACUCUUCGAACAAAAUAAUUUUACUUUAUGGAAGGAUCAAUGUUGUAGAUGGAUGGAAGAGGUUUUCCACAGGAGAACACCAUUGACCAGUCGCUCCCAUUUCUCCUUGGCUGGAUAUGCAGAUUAUGAAUUGAUUAGUUCUCUCCAAGCAGUUGCUUAAAUCAUCACAUUUUUAUUCAAUAUACAGAUUGUUUCAAAUAACACAAAUUCCUGUGAAAUAUUAAAAGUAAUUAUGGUUUAUGAA